UCGUCUCUCGUUCUUAUGGCAUCGCAUGAGCUUUUUUCCAUGCAGUGUGACGGACACCACCACCAGAUCGUUUCUCAGGUUCGGAAGGAUGUCUUCCUCCCACGGUUUUAUGCAUCUGCUUCCACCCCGACUACCAAGCUCUUCAUCAAUGGAAAAUUCGUCGAGUCCAAAACCAAGGAAUGGAUUGAUUUGCACAACCCUGCGACGAACGAAGUGGUCACGAGGGUCCCUCAAUCCACUCAAGCGGAAAUGGAAGAAGCAGUUGCUGCAGCUAAGGAAGCGUUCAGAUCGUGGUCGAAAACAUCUAUCCUGUCCAGACAACAAAUUAUGUUCAAAUUCCAAAAUAUCAUCAAGGACAACAUGAAAUUGUUGGCAAAGAACAUUACACUAGAACAGGGAAAGACUCUGAUGGAUGCGGAAGGAGAUGUUCUCCGAGGACUUCAGGUUGUUGAGCACUCUUGCAGUGUCACAAGUCUGCAAUUGGGCGAAUCACUGUCCAGCAUUGCGAAGGACAUGGAUGCAAUGUCAUAUCGUAUUCCAAUCGGCGUUUGUGCUGGGAUCACGCCAUUCAAUUUUCCAGCUAUGAUUCCACUAUGGAUGUUUCCAUUGGCGUUGGUGUGCGGAAACACGUAUGUUAUCAAGCCAUCCGAGAGGGACCCUGGUGCAUGCAUGAUGCUGAUGGAAAUGUUUAAUGAAGCCGGAGCUCCAAAAGGAGUAGUCAACGUCAUUCACGGUGCACAUGAUGCUGUAAAUUUUAUCUGUGAUAACCCAGAAAUUAAGGCAAUUUCUUUUGUCGGAUCGGAUACUGCAGGCAAAUACAUUUAUGAAAGAGGGUCGAAAAAUGGGAAACGAGUUCAGAGCAAUAUGGGAGCCAAAAAUCAUGGCGUCAUAAUGCCAGACGCCAACAAGGAACAGACUUUAAAUCAGUUAGUCGGAGCCGCAUUUGGUGCUGCAGGUCAACGAUGUAUGGCCUUGUCAACAGCGGUUUUCGUUGGUGAAGCUAAAAAUUGGAUUCCUGAGCUUGUGGAGAGAGCUAGGAAACUCAAGGUUAAUGCUGGUCACGAACCGGAUGCUGACUUAGGCCCCGUGAUUUCUCCACAAUCCAAGAAACGAAUUGAAGCCUUGAUUCAAUCCGGUAUUAAUGAGGGUGCAAAAUGCUUGUUGGAUGGCCGAAAUAUCACGGUGCCAAAAUAUGAGAAAGGAAAUUUUGUAGGACCAACUGUACUUGCCGAUGUUACCCCUAAGAUGCAAUGCUAUCAAGAAGAGAUCUUUGGGCCUGUUUUGGUAACCCUGUCUGUGGACACGUUAGAUGAUGCUAUCAACGUUAUUAAUAACAACCGAUAUGGCAAUGGAACAGCCAUUUUCACAACGAAUGGAGCAACGGCAAGAAAAUUCACACAGGAUAUUGACGUUGGCCAAGUUGGUGUGAAUGUUCCAAUUCCUGUUCCCUUACCAAUGUUUUCAUUUACGGGUUCCAGGGGGAGCUUCUUGGGUGACAACAACUUUUAUGGAAAAGCUGGGAUAAAUUUCUACACCCAACUGAAGACGGUGACCUCAAUGUGGAGAGAACAGGAUGCUACAGACUCCAAAGCUCAUGUUGCAAUGCCCGUGAUGCGCUAAUAAGCAAUUGUGACAAAUUAUAAUCUCUCAAGACAGCUAUUUUUUUGACAGCCAACACAAUCAAUCAUAGAUUCAAAUGCAAAAUAUUUUUCUGAUCAUCAAAAUUCCUAAUCCCAUUAUGAAGCAAAUGUAAAUUGUUUAUUUUAGAAUAUAAAAAGGAUUAAGAACUA